AUGGACAUCGUCAUCUCGAAAGUUUUCCCCCCAAUGUUCGUUGAUCAGGAAGGACGUAUGGGCCGCUGGGGAGUCGCCGAAGAGAAUAUGCUACAGGUCGCUUGGGAGAAAGAAAGGGAGAAAGAGGCGGCCAAGAUCGCCGGCGAACAGGAACAAGAGUUCGAGAAGAUCCAGCAAGUCGCGGAUUUAGUCGCCAGUAUCUAUGCCGCCAAAAGUGAUGGAAAGCGGCGUGUCUCGGGUGAUAAGAGGAAUGGGGAAGAAGCAGACUCUGAAGAGGUCGCAGCAUUCGAUGCCGAGGAGUUGUGCGAUGAUUUAAUUGAGGAUGAUGCGUCUAUGGAAGUGGUGAAGCAACUAUCGGUCACCAAACUUGUCCAACUUCGACAAUCAGUCCAAAGACGUUGUGAUACUUUCCGGAGCAAAGCAGUCGACGAGCUUCAGAAAACUCUCAACUCAAGGGUCCCACUGAGAAGGACGCGACAAGUCCAGCAACUCACCUUCCGAGACUUCCAGACUUUCAAGACUUCUUCUCGAACCCCUUCCGGAUCCCCCUCGCGUCUGGUCGGCCAACUAUCUGUCCAAGACUUAUCCUUGCUUCCCGAUCGGUUCUUCAAAGAAGGCGCCCGAUAUUGGGUUCACAACAUUCAGCUUCAACGCAACGCUCGUUGGGAUCUCUCUGCUUCUUCUUCCUCUAAAAACUUCAAGAAUGAGCUCGUUGAGGUCCCCCUAUCCACUCGUCGUGACACAAGUUGGAGGAACAUUAGCUUAGACGCUUGA